UUGUCAAGUUGACACUUUUUGGUUUUGUGUAAAAGUUGUAAAACUUUAAAGGAACACCCUUUCUGGGGAAAAAGAGGACCAUGCCAGUCAUCAAACUGCAGUCCUCCGAUGGCAAAAUUUUCGACACCGACAUCGAGACUGCGAAAUGCUCGAGCACCAUUAAAACCCUGCUGGAGGAUUGUCCACUGGAGGCGGAGAACGACACACUUAUCCCGCUGCCCAAUGUGAACUCGGCGAUUCUGAAGAAGGUGCUCGCUUGGGCCAACCACCAUCGGGAGGAUGAUGCAGAGGAAAACGAGUGGGAAGCAGUAGCCAGGCCCAUGAUGCAGAUCAGUGCCUGGGACGCGGAGUUCCUGGCCAUGGAUCAGGGCACUCUCUUCGAGCUCAUCCUGGCGGCCAACUACCUGGACAUGCGGAAUCUGCUGAACGCCGCCUGCAUGACGGUGGCCAACAUGAUCAAGGGCCACACGGCGGAGGAGAUUCGCCAGACCUUUCACAUACCCAACGACUUCUCGCCCUCCGAGGAGGACUUGCUGUCCGUGGCGGUGGAAGUUCCGGAGGAGGACGAGUCCACAGUGUAUGGUGACAUAUAAAUUAGGAGUGAAUAUGGCUUAAUAACUUUUUCGAGGGCUUCAUGGGCUGAAGCUGAUACGGACUAGAAUGCUUCUUGAACUAAUGCCCACAAAUGGCGGAGUAUUAGAAAUAUAAUCGGGAUUGGUUUUCAUCCUACCAUGGUUUCUUGGAUCCUGCGUUUUGCUAAUCACAUAAUCUCAUAAUCGUCUAAUAUCCAAGUAUGCCAGUAUCUAUCUAAGUAAAUUAUUCUGCAGCUAU